GGGAGCGGGGGGGGCCGGGCCGGGGGGGGCCGCGGGCAGCGCCGAGCCCGGAGAAUCCCUGAAACCCGCCGGGGGGGGCGGAUCGGAGAAGGAGAACGGGAUGCCGGAGGGAGCGGAGGCAGCCCCCCCGCCGAUGCCUGCGAUCCCCCCGCCGAUGCCGGCCAAGGAAGAGGCUCGUCCCCCGCCCGAGGGGGCCAGCUGUGACCCCGGCCCCGCCGCCGCCGCCCCCCCCGGCUCUCCCUGCCGGCCGCCCCCGCCCGCGGACCCGCUGGAUACCCGCAUUGUGAUGGGGGAGGAGACGCGCUGCCCCCCGCCCGAGCCUCGGGGGGGGCCCCCCGUGCCUUGCCCCUUCCCCGCGCCCCCCAAGGAGCCCCCCCCGGGCCGCCCCCCCGCGCUGGACCCCGAGCUGUUCUUCACGGCCCCCUCGACGCCGGUGCGGGCGGGGGGGGUGCGGCCGCCCCCCCACGAGGAGCCGACGGACGGGGACAGCGAGGGGCUGUGCUCGCCCCCCACGUCCCCCUCGGGGUCUUACAUGACGGCCGAGGGCGGCAGCUGGGGCUCCUCGGGCACGGCCAGCACCUCCCCGUCCUGCUCCCCCAACCUGGCGGCCGAGGCUGAAGGCCUGGGCGAGGCUGAGGGCGAGGCUGAAGGUCUGGGGGGGGCCCUGGUGCUGCCCCCCGGCCUGGGGGACCCCCCGGCCUUCCCCCCACUGUCCCCCGAGGAGGAGGAGGAGGAGGAUGAUGACGAAGACGGCCCCUUCGCCCUGCCGGGCUGUGCGGACGAUGAGGAGGAUGAUGAUGAGGAUGGGCAGACGCCGGAGGAGGAGGAGGAGGAGGAUGAGGACGAGGACGAGGGCUCGGGGCUGAUCCCGGCGGCGCUGCUCCCGUUCCGCGGCAGCCUCCUCUUCCAGGCCGAGGCCGUGGAGAUCUCGCCCCGGGCCCCCGCCGAGGAGGAGGACGAGGAGGACGAAGGCAGCACCUCGGCGUCCUUCCUGCGCUCGCUGUCCGAGAGCUCCAUCCCCGAGGGCGGGGACGAGGCUUUCGCCUUCCGCGACGACACCGACGCCUCCUCGGACUCGGCCGCUUACGACGGGGACGAGGACGAGCGGCUCUACGGCACCGAGCGGCACGCGGGGGACACGGGGACACUCCCGGGCACCCCCCCGGCACUCCUCGGCCCCGCCGGCGUCGAGCUCCACCUCCAUGCCGGGUCCCCGUGUCACCCCCCGGGCCAGGACACGGCUCCCGGAUCUUUGGGGACACCCCUGGCACCCCCUGGAGGGGACGCAGAGCUGGACGGCGACGCCUUUGUCACCAUCACGGGGGCGUGGCCCCCGCCGGAGCCCCCCGAGGAGCUGGCAGCGACAGAAGGUUCUGGAGCGGCGCCGGGACAGGGACCUUGCCCAGAGCUGCCAGUGACUGGCCCUGUCCCCCGGCUGCUCUGUGCCGGGGACCCCCAGAGCCACCAGCUGGGGGGGGCCAAUGGGGAGCCCCAGGACGGCCCUGGGGGUGACAGUGAUGGUGACAAUGACAUUGAGCUCAGCACUGGGACAGCUGAUGGCCACAGCGAGCUGGACUCUGCAGCCCCCAGCUUGGGCACAUCAGUGACACCGACCCCCCUGGAUGAGAUGGACACUGCAGCCAAUAAUGUGGUGACACCAGUGACACCCAGCCUGAUGGACACAGUGUACACGGACCUGGUGUCACCAGUGAUACCAACCCCACUGGACGAGAUGGACACUGCAGCCACCAGCCCAGUGACACCCAGCCCGUCUGAUGAGCCGGACACUGUGGCCACUGACAUGGUGACACCAGGGACACCAAGCCCACUGGAUGAGCCAGACACUGCAGACACUGAUGUGGUGACACCCAGCCUGAUGGACAGCACAGCUACCAGCCUGAUGGCACCCAGCCCGUCAGAUGCUGCAGCCACUGAUGCAGUGACACUGGUGACACCAAGCCCCCCAGAUGAGCUGGACACUAUGGCCACCAGCCUGGUGACACCAAGCCCACCAGAUGAGCCAGACACUGUGGCCACCAGCCUGGUGACACCAAGCCCACCAGAUGAGCUGGACACUGUGGCCACCAGCCUGGUGACACCAAGCCCACCAGAUGAGCCGGACACUGUGGCCACCAGCCUGGUGACACCAAGCCCACCAGAUGAGCCGGAUGCUAUGGCCAUCAGCCUGGUGACACCAGUGACACCAAGCCCACCAGAUGAACCGGACACUGUGGCCACCAGCCUGGUGACACCAGUGACACCAAGCCCAGCAGAUGAGCCAGAUACUGUGGCCACUGACCUGGUGACACCAGUGACAGCAAGCCCACCAGACGAGCCGGACACUGUGGCCACCAGCCUGGUGACAGCAAGCCCACCAGACGAGCCGGACACUGUGGCCACUGACCUGGUGACAGCAUGCCCACCAGAUGAGCCGGACACUGUGGCCACCGACCUGGUGACACCUGUGACACCAAGCCCACCAGAUGAGCCGGAUGCUGUGGCCACCAGCCUGGUGACACCUGUGACACCAAGCCCAUCAGAUGAGCUGGACACUAUGGCCACCGACCUGGUGACACCUGUGACACCAAGCCCAUCAGAUGAGCCGGACACUAUGGCCACUGACCUGGUGACACCUGUGACACCAAGCCCACCAGAUGAGCUGGACGCUGUGGCCACCAGCCUGGUAACACCUGUGACACCAAGCCCACCAGAUGAGCCGGACACUAUGGCCACCAGCCUGGUGACACCAAGUCCACCAGAUGAGCCGGAUGCUGUGGCCACCGACCUGGUGACACCAAGCCCACCAGAUGAGCCGGACACUGUGGCCACUGACCUGGUGACACCAGUGACACCAAGCCCACUAGAUGAGCUGGACAUCAUGGCCACUGACCUGGUGACACCGGUGACACUCAGCCUGCUGGACAAGAUGGAAGUUGUGGACACUGUCCUGGUAACACCAGUGACAUCCACCCUGAAGGAUGCUGUGGCCAUUGACUUGGUGGCAUCAGUGACACCCACCCUGAUGGCCGCUGCAGCCACCAACCUGGUGACAUCAGUGACGCCACCACCCCUGGAUGAGAGGGACACUGUAGCCAUCGACCUGGUGACAUCGGUGACACCUGCCCUGUUGGACACCACAGACACCGCCCCAGUGACCCCAAGCGUGGCGGACACCACGGAUACCACACCGGUGACACCGGUGAUACCAACCCCCCGCGAUGAGACGGCCACCGUGACCACUGACGCAGCGACUCCCAGCCCAAUAGACACCAUGGCCACCCACCCGGUGACCCCCAGCCCCCCGGCCGCUGCUCCUGCCCCAUGUCCCCCUCCCCGGGCCGUGUCCCCCGUGGCUCUGGCAGCCGGGGUGGCCCCAUCCCAAGAGUCCUCAGCUGUCCCCCCGUGUCCCCUGGCACAGGGGACGCUGUCACAGCCCCCUGGGGAUGUCCCUGAGGAGUCGGAGCACGCGGCCACCGCCUCGCCCAAGGCUUUGUCCCCGGAGCUGCCGGACACGUCGCGCUCCCGCACCGCCUCCAGCUUCGUCACCGCCCCCGAGGGCAGCGCCGGAGAGACCCCCCCGCGCCCCCCCGAGCCCCGCGGAGAGCCCGAGGAGGAGGAAGAAGAGGAUGAGGAUGCGGCCCCCGUGCCCCCCUCGCCGCAGUUCACGGCCUCGGAGCGGGAGGUGUUUGUGGGGAUCCCCCCGGCCCCCCCCGAACUGCUCCCACCACCCGGUGCCUUUUCGGGGCGCGGGGCCGGGCCGGCUGUCACCGCCCCGCUCCGGGGGGCCCCGGGGGCCCUGCCCCCCGCCCUGCAGGAGCCGCCCACCCCCCGGCCGGGCCCUGAGCCCCCCGGCCACGCUGCAGGGGGCACCGAUGCCAAAGUCCCCCCAAGUCCCCCGGGCCCCCCCGCGGCCCCCCCCGAGCAGCAGGAGGAAGAGGAGGCCGUGGCGGGGGUCGCACCCGGCCCUCUGCCAGCUGCGGGGGCUCAGCCGGGGCCUCCUCCCGAGCCCCCCCGCCCUGCGCCCCCCAAACUCAGCCAAGUGCCUCCUCCCGCCACGCCGGCCCCGCUGGCCCCGAGCCCCCCCCGGGCCCCCCGCAGCCAGGAGCCCCCCCCGGGGCUGCCCCUCUCCAGGAAGCACCUCGAAGCCCCCCAGCCCUCCUCGCAGAAGGAGCCGGAGCCCCGGGGCCGGGCAGGGGGCCCAGGGGCUGGGGGGGGCCGGGCCGCCCCCCGGGGGUCUCUGCAGUCGGAGUCGAGCUCGUCCAGCGAGGCUGAGGCCCCCCGGCCCCCCCCGGCCCCCCAGCGCUGCCAGCCCAACCAUCGAGGGUCCGGGAACGAGUCUGAGAGCAACGACGAGUCCAUCCCGGAGCUGGAGGAACCCGAGGGCUCGGAGCCGCCCCCUGCCCAGCCCCAGGUGCCCCUCGGCCACGCCCUCGGCCCCGGAGAGGAACCGCUCAGCAAAGCCAAGCAGAGCCGCAGCGAGAAGAAGGCCCGGAAGGCCAUGUCCAAGCUGGGGCUGCGGCAGAUCCACGGUGUCACCCGUAUCACCAUCCGCAAAUCCAAGAACAUCCUGUUCGUCAUUUCCAAACCCGACGUCUUCAAGAGCCCCGUGUCCGACAUCUACAUCGUCUUCGGGGAGGCCAAGAUCGAGGACCUGUCCCAGCAAGUGCACAAGGCGGCGGCUGAGAAGUUCAAGGUGCCCCUGGAGCACUCGGCACUCGUGACCGACGCUGCACCUGCCCUGGCCAUCAAGGAGGAGAGCGAGGAGGAGGAGGAGGUGGACGAGACGGGGCUGGAGGUGCGGGACAUCGAGCUGGUGAUGGCCCAGGCCAACGUGUCACGGCCCAAGGCCGUGCGAGCGCUGCGGCACAACAACAACGACAUCGUCAACGCCAUCAUGGAACUGACCAUGUAGCGGCCGGGAGUGUCCCGGCCCCCUGUAUAGAUGCACAGAGCCCCCCCCACGUCCUUCCUCCUGCCCCCAUCCUCCUCCUGGCCCCCUGGACUGCUCAAUAAAGGCCUCCUGCACCCCUUGGAUCGCA